UGGAUACUUCUACUGACAUGGAUAUUGACCCUCCAAUUCGUCCUAUUAGUCCUGCUAUUCAAAGACUUAAUAAUAAGAAACCUGUACCUACUAUUCAUUUUACUGAAUAUACUAUGGAAGAUGGUACUAUUGUCAGUACUAGAGACCGCGUAGUUCAAGAUGUCCCUGCACCUGCUGUGAACAUUCCUACUGACGAAGACUUUUGGCAUCCUGAACUUCCUGACUUACCAAAUACUGAUUUUCUUAAAGACCAUUUUUAUCGUGAAGGCAGACUGACAGAAGAACAAGCUCUCUAUAUUAUUGAAAAAGGCACUGAAUUAUUAUCCAAAGAACCAAACUUACUAGAUGUGGAUGCUCCUAUUACAGUUUGUGGUGAUAUACAUGGUCAAUACUAUGAUUUGAUGAAAUUAUUUGAAGUGGGUGGUGAUCCAGCAAAUACGCGAUAUCUCUUUUUAGGUGAUUACGUCGAUCGAGGAUAUUUUUCUAUUGAGUGCGUCCUUUAUUUAUGGAGUCUGAAAAUGUGGUAUCCGAAUACAUUAUUUCUAUUACGUGGAAAUCAUGAAUGUAGACACUUGACUGAUUACUUUACUUUUAAGAUUGAAUGUCGUCAUAAAUAUACGGAAAAAGUCUAUAAUGCAUGUAUGGAAUCUUUUUGCUCGCUCCCUCUUGGUGCUAUAAUGAAUAGACAAUUUCUAUGUAUCCAUGGUGGUUUAUCUCCUCGAUUACAGACUUUGGACGAUUUUAAUCAAAUUGAUCGAUUCCAUGAACCUCCCACUCAAGGAUUAAUGUGCGAUUUACUAUGGGCUGAUCCACAUGAAGAUUUUGGAGAAGAAACAACAAAUGAAAUGUUUACACACAAUCAUGUGAGAGGCUGUUCUUACUUUUUCAGUUAUUCUGCCUCAUGUGCUUUUUUGGAAAGAAACGGCCUCUUAUCCAUCAUUAGAGGACAUGAAGCUCAAGAUGCUGGUUAUCGUAUGUACAAACGAAGUCGGUCGACAUCCUUUCCAGCAGUCAUGACCAUAUUUUCGGCACCCAACUAUCUUGAUAUUUACAAUAACAAGGCUGCUGUUUUGAAAUACGAAAAUAAUGUAAUGAAUAUUCGACAAUUCAAUGCUACUCCACACCCUUACUGGUUACCCAAUUUUAUGGAUGUUUUUAGUUGGAGUUUACCUUUUGUUGGCGAAAAAAUUACGGAUAUGCUUAUUGCAAUCCUCAAUAUUUGUAGUGAAAAGGAAUUGGCAGAUGGAGAACAUCGAUUAUCAUUACAACAACAACCUAUAAAUACCGCGAAUCUUAGCAAUGACGAUAUAGAUCAAAGACGAACAGUGAUUCGGAGUAAGAUUUUGGCCGUUGGUAAGAUGUCUAGAGUAUUCUCUGUUUUGCGUGAAAACUCUGAACGUGUGAUGGAACUCAAGUCGUUAUCGCCUACUGGAAAACUACCUUUGGGAACUCUUGCUUUGGGUGUGGAAGGAAUCAAAUCAGCCAUUACCAGUUUUGAAGAUGCCAAAAAAUCCGAUAUUGAAAAUGAAAGAUUACCACCUACUCGUGAAAUGAAGGAUGCAAAACUCAAGGAAGAAACUGACAACAAAAUCAGAGAUGCUGUGGAAGAAGAGGAUCAACACAUGAAUGAAGUAGCCGACGCUAUUAUGGUGGAUGCUGAUUAGUUUAUGAAUGUUGAUUAGUAUUAUUUUGUUUAUUUUAUCUUCGUUGUGAC